AUCACAAAAUCGGUUCGACCUGUGAACGAUUAUCAUGACAUUUUCGAUAUCGAAUUGAAUGAAACGAAAGAUUUCAUUAGUAUAGAUAGAUAGUAGGUAUUCACAUCGCGCAUCUUUACAAUGGUGUGAUUCCAGAUUUUUAUUUAUAGCAACUAACAACCCAAUUAAGCAAUACUUCUUUCCAAAUCUUCCUAAAGACUGUUUUUAAGGUUUAGUUUCCCGCAACGAGGCCAGAUGUGCAGAGAUGCCAACAUUGAGAGAGAUAAAAAAGACGGAAUUAGUAAUUUAUUUUAUUAGUAUUAAUAAUUAAAGACACCUUCUAGUUAUCGCUUCUAGUGUUUACUAACAAUUAAACAAAUUUAUUAAAAAAUAAAUAAAUAUCCCAACUGAGAUUUCGAUUAAUUUUAAACGAAAUGAACUUUCACGAAUAUAAUUUUAAAACGAAUGAGAAAAGGGAAAUCGUUUGAUGGACCAAUAUGGACAAUAUGACGUCGAAUGCCACUUUGAGGAACAAGCAACGGAAAGACAACUUGAUUACACGGAAACAGGACAAGAGUCCGGAGAAGAGUAUCAGAGGGACCCGGGGUGCUUACCGGGCUGUUCCUUCAACUUCAAAGAAUGAGGAGGAACCGGAGCGGCUGGACCGGUCCAAGAAGUUCAUCUCGCAAAACAAGCCGGGCUAUGGGCUGGGCAAGAGACCGGAGUUCCUUAAGAACAGGAACGUGCAUUUAGCCUCCUCGCGAUAUGGACAGAUGACGUCGGGGCUCCACGGGCACGGGAUCGCGGCGCCGGCGCACCACCUCGAGCCCGCCGUGCUGCCCAAGGAGAAGACCGUCCAUGGCAAGGAGAAGACCUUUAAGGUGGUGGUCCCAGGGGAGGUGGGCGUGCUGAAGCCGGCCCUGGGGCCACGGCCCUACAAUGCCCUGGCCAUCAUCCACACCCAGCCCAGCAACACCUUUGACAUGCUCAACUCGCUCACCACCAGCGUUGCAAACCAACCGGUGGGCGUGAGCGUGGGGGGCUACCGGCGCCGCAGCUCCGGGCAGGGCGCGCUGUGCGACCCGGAGCUGGACGACAGCGGCAACAAGCUCGUGGCCCGCCUCGAGGACGACGCCUUCAUCUCCGAGCAGGACUUGGAGGAGAAUAUCGAGAUAGCGACGAAGACGGUUCGGCCGGAGGACGCGGAAGUGGAGGAGGAAGGUGCGGAGCCCACGAAACCCGCCAACGGGCUAGUAUAUGGGGACCUGGAGCUGGACAAGUUGGACCUGCAGAAAGACAAGCAGAAGCCCGACGAGGACGAGGAGGAACCGAUCGGGGUGUCGCCUUGCGGCAGGUUCUUCAAAUACGACAAGGAGGUUGGUCGCGGGUCCUUCAAGACGGUGUACCACGGGCUUGACACGCAGACCGGCGUCGCUGUGGCUUGGUGCGAGUUGCUGGAGAAAAAGCUAAACAAGACGGAGCGUCUCCGCUUCCGCGAGGAAGCGGAUAUGUUGAAGAAACUGCAACACCCCAACAUAGUCCGCUUCUACAACUACUGGGAGGGCGUCGUGGCCAAGAAGAAGAACAUCGUGCUCAUCACGGAGCUCAUGCUGUCCGGGACACUUAAAGCUUACCUUCGAAGAUUCAAGCGAAUCAACCCGAAAGUGCUGAAGUCCUGGUGCCGGCAGAUCCUCAAGGGGCUCAACUUUCUACAUUCUAGGACUCCUCCUAUAAUCCAUAGAGAUCUGAAAUGCGAUAAUAUCUUCAUAACUGGCACGACAGGCAGCGUCAAGAUCGGCGACCUCGGCCUCGCCACGCUCAAGAACCGCAGCUUCGCCAAGUCUGUCAUCGGCACCCCCGAAUUCAUGGCGCCCGAGAUGUACGAGGAGCACUACGACGAGUCCGUGGACGUGUACGCGUUCGGCAUGUGCAUGCUGGAGAUGGCCACCGGCGAGUACCCCUACUCGGAGUGCAGCGGGCCCGCGCAGAUAUACAAGAAAGUCGUCUCGGGGGUGAAGCCGCAGAGUUUGGACAAGGUGACGAUACCGGAAGUGAAAGACAUCAUCGAAUCGUGCAUAAAGCCAGAUAAAGGAGAUCGGCCGAAAGUGAAGGAUCUGCUGAACCACGAGUUCUUCGGCGAGGACAUCGGCCUGCGGCUCGAGAUCGUGGGCAGAGACCUUGUGACUUCCUCCGACAUCGCCAAAAUACAGUUCCGCCUUAAAAUCAUUGAUCCCAAGAAGCGAUCGUACACCCACAAAGAGAACGAAGCCAUCCAGUUCGACUUCGAUAUGGAGCGCGACGACUGCCAGGACGUCGCCAACGACAUGGCGAAGGCUGGGCUCAUCAUGGAGGAAGACGCCCGGCUGGUGUUCAAACUGCUCAAGUCACAGCUUAUAAGCUUAACCAGGGAGAGGAGUGAGAAGAAGACCCAGAUGCUAUUCAACCAGCAGCUGAUAGAGCAGGACAGACAGCAACAAAUGUUAUUAGAGCAGCAGUUAAGGCAGGUUAAAAUGAUCCAGAACCAACAAGUUGGCCCUGUAGAAGUAACAUCUGGACUUUUAAACGGCGUCGGAUCUCAACCUUUAGCGGCCGUGCAGUUAGACCAGCAAUCCCAGCUCCUCCAAGCGCAGCAGCAGCUGUUCCAGCAGCAAUUCCAGCAGCAGUAUAGCGAGGAGGCGAUGCAGCUGCUGCAGCACAACCUGCGGCAGCAGGCGCGCCUCUCCCCCGCCGCGAACGCCCCUCCCCCGCACCAGCUGUUGCAGCACCAGCAGGUUUUGCUAGAACAGAACAUGAAACAGCAAGCCCUGAUGGAGCAGAAUCUUCGAAAUCAGCAACAGAUGUUGGAGCAGACGCAACAACUAGAAACCCAGCAGUUGGACCCGCAGCAGAACAGCCUGCUCAGCCAGCAGUGCAUCGCCAAUGAGAUCAGCAACCAGCACCAGGCGUUGCAGCAGCACAUUAUACAGCAGCAGCAGAACAUCAUAGCUCAGCAGGCGGUGGCCAUCCAGCAGAAGCAGCUGGAAGAACAGCUAACACAAGAGAACUUCAUCGCACCUCCAGCCGUAGCCCCCAACCAGCUGGACCCCUCGCUCCAGAACCUCCAGAACGUGCUGGCGCAGAUCAUCCAGCGGCCUGAUAGUCUUCAAGCUCGCAAGGAGUCGGAGUCUGAGCAGCAGCCGCAGCCACAGGAGGAGCUACAGCAGUCAGUAGCCCCCUACCAGCUAGACCCCUCGCUCCAGAACCUUCAAAACGUGCUGGCGCAGGUCAUCCAGCGGCCCGAUAGUCUUCAAGCUCGCAAGGAGUCAGAGUCGGAGCAGCAGCCGCAGCAGCAAGACGAGCUGCAGCAGCAACAACAAGAGCAGAUGCUGCAAAUGCAACAGAACCAGCUGUACCAGCAGGCGCAGUACAUCCCCCAGAAUAUCCUCCAGGUGGACCCCAACAUCCUAGCGCAGAGCCAACAGGUCGCACAGGCUCAACAACAGGUGAACCAGGCGCAGCAGCAGCUCAAUAUGCAGAAGCACAUGGUGGCCCAGCAACAGCUGGCCCUCCAGCAGCAGAUGAUGACGCACCAGCAGCUCCAGGUCCCGGGACAGACGCUCUCCCCCCAGCACAUCCGCACCCUCCAGCAGCAGCAGUACCUCGCGCAGCAGGAACUGCAACUGCAAUCGCAGCAGAACCUCCUCGACCAGCAGAACCUGGCGCUGUACGCUCAAAAACAGCAGCUCAUGGGGCAGCAGCAGCUCAGGGUCGAGGAGAUGCUGCGAGCGCAGAGGCCCAUGUACCAGCGACAGUGCUCUGAACAAAGCCAGAUCAGCUCCGCGGACGUGCACGAUCAACUAGUCAACGAAUACCAAAAACCCCUCCAAACGCAGAUGUCGGUGGAUCACUACAACCAGUAUUUGGAGCUGCAGCAGAUGCAGAAGCCUGAGGAGUACCACCAGAUGCACCAGAUGCAGGGGCAGUCGCUGCCUCACAAUAUGAUGAACUUUAGCCUUGCGGGCGACCGGCAGAUAUCUAGUCAUGAAGGCACCCCGGUGCAGAAUUACGCCACGAACCCGCUGCAGAUGUACCAGCCCGCCCAGUCCCAGCCCAUCCACAACGUCAUGCACUACCAGAACCAGAUGGAACAACAAGUGGAACAGGUCGCGCAGUUGGCGCCCAGUGUGCCGCAGUCGGUGCAAAGUACUGUGCCACAAACGGUGCAGAGUUCGGUGCCGCAGACGGUGCAAAAUUCUGUACCACAAUCAUUGCCACAGGAGCUGACGAUCCCGAACUCGUUGCCUCAAGAAGUUCGACCAGCUGUCUCCGAAGCGCCCCAAGCUUUAAACCUGUCAGAACCAGAGAACGGAUCAGGCAAUGGCAGCAAUAAAGAACAAUUCCACACGCCGCUGUCGGAGUUCCCCUCGGGAGCCACUCAUGAGGCCGCCAUACGCCAGCCUGACCUCGCCUCUGUGGAGGAGAAGCAGGACACCCAGGAAGCGGGUACAGCGAUUCCAUCUCCAAUAACGGGCGACAAGAAGUCCCGCGGCUCGAAGAAGCGCUCGAGAGAGAAGGACAAGCUGCCCAAGCUUACCGUGCUAGAGGUGAACGAGACGAACGUGGAAUGCCAGCUGGAAUCCAAGUCCAAAACGGUGACGUUCAAGUUCGACGUCACCGACGUCAACCCCGACGAGAUCGCCACCAAUCUGGUGUCGAACAAUCUGCUGCCGGAUUGGCAGGCGAUGACGUUUAUGGAGUUGAUAAAGGACAUUGUGCAGCAGCUGGUCACCAACCCGGGGUGUACUCCCGUGCUCAACCCGCAACACUCUGCACUCCGCCUGCAGCUAGAUAAGACUGACUACGACAGCGAGACGACGGAGCGCGAGGAGAACCUGACGGACUCGAACCAGGACAACUCGGAGUGCACCACGCCCACCGCCAGCGCCGACCACCUGCCGCUCGCCGACCUCGCGCUCGACCCGCCCGUGGCCGCGCCUGCCCCGCCCGCUGCGGGCGGCCUGCCCGCCCCGCCAGCACCCGAGCCGCACGACCACGAGCCGCCGCCCAAGCCCAGCCACAUAGACAAUAUUGCAAGGAAAAUCAGCACCGCCUCGUCUAUAGGUUCCAAUCAAUCGGACGGCGGGUCCUUGGCUACCGACCGCGCCGCCUCAGAAUCUCACCCCGCCGACAGCAAGCCCGCCGACAGCAAGCCCGCCGACAGCAAGCCCGCCGCCGCCGUGCCGGCGCGCAAGAUCUCGCGCUUCGUCGUCAGCCCCGUCGUGCCGCGCCCCGCCGGCGCCGACCCCGACAAACCCGACCAGAAGUUAUACUCCGAGGUCGCUAAAGAGCCUAAGCCUGAAGUCAACGGCCUUGAUAAAGACCCGCAGACAGAAUUCGUUCCUACGCAUCAGUACUCGGUGCCGCAGCUUUCGCACGCGCCGCAGACUUUAACAGAUCACAGGCCACAGGAAUUGAGUAGCGCGCCGACUAGUAGCAUACCCGAUAGUAUACCUAAUAGUAUACCGAAUAGUAUACCAAACGUACCUAGCAGUAUACCAGCGCCGGUGCAGACGAUUCCCGCCCCUAUGCCGACGAUACAGAGUAUUCCGCAGCCGCUGCCGGCGUUCCAGAACAUUAGUCCGCUGUUAAAUACGCUGCAGCCGAACUUGACGACGCCGCUGCAGAUCGCGACGGAUACGCCGCUGCUGGGGCUGAGUCAAGUGGGCACACCAAUGGCCGGAGAGCUCGGUCUAAACGCCGGCCUGAGCCAACAGGAGCAGUUGACGAACCGCCUGUCCUUCCCUACGCAGCCGGUGGACUCGUACCCUAACGCCGAGAACAUACAGCGGAUGCUACUCAAACAGAACAUCAUGAACCAACAGCAGAACCUGUCAGGGCCGAACCUGCUGGGGCUGUUGAACCAGCCGGCCUACCCGCAGCCCGAUCUCAUGCUGCACAACUCGCUCCUCAACAACACGCAGCCUGCGUUGUCGCAGCGCCUGUCGCCCUACCCCGCCUACCAGCCCAUGCUCGCCACCGCCAACGACCUCUACGCCCAACAGCAAGCCCUGGGUGCGGGCGGGCUGGGCGGCGGGAUGCCGCUGGCGCCCGGGCUGGUGGGGCUGGGCCUCGGGGCUCCGCUGCUGCCGCCGCUCGCGCUCAACCAGAACCUCAUGGCGCAGAACCGCCAGAAUCUGGGUCUAGCGGGCCAGAACCUAGGUUUGAGCGGUCAGAACUUGGGCCUCGGCGGGCCAGGCCUCGGCCUCAGCGGCGCCGGCCUCGGCCUCGUGGCGCCGCUCAACACCCUGCAGCGGGCGCGCGCCUGCUCCGCGCAGCGCAGGAUCCAGGAGGACUUGCAAGGUCUGGCGACGGGGUCGCAGGGCUCGUCGCAGCCCAGCACGCCCAACAAGCCGCACUCCUACAGCGAGUACAUGAUGACUUUGCAACACAAGCUCGCCUCCAUCUCCAACAGCGGCCCGGUGUCGCCGCAGUCCCCCGUCGAGUACAGCCCGGCCCUCUCGCCCACGCACCGCAUGCAGCAACCGCAUAAGGUGGAAGCGGGAGCGGGAGCGGAGGCGCACAAGCGGCACGUGGCGGGGCUGGCGGAGCUGGACCACGAGCUCAGCAAGAUCUCGCUGCACUACAAGCAGCCGCCGCCCAAGGACGUGUUUCCGGAGCACGGCGGCGACAGUCACUCGAUUCUCGCGGCCGCGGCCUACGAUGGCAAGUAUUUUUUGUUUUGCGGCGGCGGCGCGCUGGCGGAGGGGUGGGGGAGGGGCCGGGUGGCGCGCGUGCAGCCCUGCGCGCCCUACCAGCUGUGCCGCAUCCUGCAGCACGCGAAAGACAAUCUGGCGAGCGGGUCAUUCGCCGGCACGGAGGAGGGCGACGCGGGCUCGCUGUGCUCGGAGACGGCGGCGGAGGCGGACGGGGAGGGGGAGGGGGAGGGGGAGGCGGAGGCGGAGGAGAGCGCCACGUACGUGGUGACGGGCGGCGUGCGCGCGCGCACCGUGCGCGUCGAGGACGCGCUCGCCGACAGCGUGGUCACCGUCAUCGAUCCUAGUCAGCAGAUCGUGGAGUGCAACAAGGCGUGCUUGGGCUCGGACGGGGAGCGCAGCUACCUGGUGCUGGACCCGGCGCGCGCGCUGACGGCCGCGGUGCUGGACCGCACGCUCGCGCUGCACCGCCACCCCGCCUGUGCGCCGCUGCAGCGCCGGCCCAGCAGCCCGCCGCCGGCCGGGGUCGCGGCUAGCGAGGAGCUGGCCAAGUGGAGGAGCGGAGAUUAUGGUUGGCCUUGGGCGGAAGGCAGCAUGCUGGAGGCGGAGCUGUGCGUGGAGCGGGCGCGGCGCGCGGCGGCGCGGCUCGAGGCCGCGCGGGGCGACCUGGCCGCCGACCUGCUCGUCGCCGAGGUGCUCACCGACCGGGCGCUGUGCCGGCAGGUGGUGCUGCUCGCGCUGCGGCCGGCGGCGGGCUCGUUAUGACCUGUGUAGCGAUUCACACUGUACCUUAUAUUUAUUACGCUGUAACAUAUACAUUAUCUAUAUCAUUACUCGUAAAUUAAAUAUUCAUAUGUGAUAUCUA